CUCACUGAAGAUCUCUACCUGCUGCCAUGUCUCUGGAGGACCACGGGGCUUUGCUUCUGAAUGUUUCCAGAGAAUUUUGGGACUCCUCGGGAGCGCAGCACCAGUACAGCAUCUGGCUCCCCGGCAUCGGGAUAGCCGCCGUCUAUGGGAUAAUUAUCAUCGUGGGUCUGGUUGGAAACUUGACUUUGAUGAAGACGUGUCUGCUGGUGAAGUCCAUGCGCACGGUGCCUAACUUGUUCCUAUCCAGUCUGGCUCUGGGGGACCUGCUGCUGCUGGUGACGUGCGCACCGGUGGACGCCAGCCGCUACCUGGUGGACGAGUGGCUCUUCGGGCGCGUUGGAUGCAAACUGAUCCCGUUCAUCCAGCUCACCUCGGUGGGAGUGUCCGUGUUUACUCUCACUGCUCUCUCCGCUGACCGGUACAAAGCGAUCGUCAGACCUCUGGACAUGCACAGGUCCAGUGCUAACCUCAGCAUCGGCCUGCGGGCGGGGGCGAUCUGGCUGUUCUCUGUGACUCUGGCGAUUCCCGAGGCUGUCUUCUCCGACCUGCACACCUUCACCACCAGUCACACCAAUGAGACAUUCGUGACCUGUGCGCCUUACCCACACGCAGGGAAGCUGCAUCCCAAGAUCCACUCCACCGCCUUCUUCCUCAUCUUCUACAUCAUUCCGCUCCUCAUCAUAUCCGUGUACUACUGCUUCAUCGCUCGCAGCCUGGUGAGGAGCUCUGCAGACAUCCCUGCUGAAGGACACGUGCACCUGCAGAAACAGAUUAAAUCCAGGAAGCGUCUGGCCAAGACUGUGCUGGUGUUUGUUGGCUUGUUUGCAGUCUGCUGGCUCCCCAGCCACGUGAUCUACCUGUACCGCUCCUACCACUACGACCAGGUGGACACGUCGCUGGGCCACUUCAUCGCCAGCGUGUGCGCUCGCAUCCUGGCCUUCACCAACUCCUGCGUGAACCCGUUCGCCCUGUACCUGCUGAGCAAAAGCUUCAGCAAACACUUCAGGAGGCAGCUGCUGUGCUGCACCGCUCCCGGUCGGCUGUACAGUCAGAACAGCGGGAGCACGAAUAUAACCACCGUCUGAAGGAAUCUGUGUUACUGUGAACUCAACACGUGUGCUUUAGAAAGGACGGCAUUCACCCUUUCAGUGGAUAAAAUAAUGAAAUCUCUCUGCUUAUCCAGUCAAACCCGGGAAAAUAAGAGAUUCUGCUGCUUUGAAACGAAAAAAGUCGAACAAAUGAUCCUGUUUUCUUGAGUUUUGUGCAUGUUCACUGACAUCUAAAUAUAGCACUACUAAAUGUCUUGAUAGUUAGUGUAAUUAGCAGUUCAAUUACAUUAAUAAAAAGUGAGAUGUGAACAGCUGCUGUUCGCAGUGUGAACCAUGCAUGACACAGUUGGUCGUUAUGAUUCUGACACCUGAAAGUCUUGUGGUUUUAAAAUAUUUCAGCUGAACACGUCUGAUAUCAUGUGCACUUGAAAGGUUUUCAUACAACGUAUGUGAGUAAUAUGCUGUGCUCGUUGUAAAUGUUACAUUGUGAAUAGAACUGUGAAAUACCUCCCAUUGUGCAGUGAUGUGUAGUGAAGAAGUGCAAAGAAAUAAAAUGAAAGAGAAAUGA